AUGAUUACCGUCCUCCCAGGCAGGCCACAGUCGAGGCUCCAAGGCCUAACCACGGGCUACUGGAACAGCUGUCACCACAAUGCAUACAUCAGCGGGAGUGCCUUCACCGUAAUCCAGGGACUACAAACCAUCAUCCAGACUGUAUACGACGAUGCCGAGCAUCAGCUGGAGGCUGUUGUGCUGGACGAAGACUCCGGCAAGAUUGCGACUUGCACCAACGCCGAGGUUCGAAUCUACCAGCCAGUCGGCUAUGACGACGGCUCUUUAAAGUGGGUCCAACAAUCUCGCUUCGAUAUUCCUCACCCGAGCUCCGGCAACGCGUGUUCUUUGUCUUGGGGGACUUCGGAGGAGCUCCUGGUGGCUACCGGCUCUCUCUCCCUCUUCAACACCAAAGCGAAGCCGGUUUGCUCUUGGGACAAGACGCUGCCUAGCCCUGUCAGGUCAGCGUUCAUCUCGCACGACUCGUCAUAUAUUGUCUCGAUCGGCCAGUUCGACCGUCUGCCCAAAGUGUGGCGGCGCCUCACAUAUGGUGGCCCUGAUGAGGUCCGCUUCGACGUAGCAUAUCUCAAACAUCCCGACGUGGUGACUUCGGUCAGGUGGCGCAGGCCUUUCCACCCCGAGCAAGCCGCUCACAAUGUCUUGUACACAGUCUGCCUCGACAACUUCGUUCGCAUAUGGGGCUCAUCCGACACUGCCGAUGGCCGCCACUGGCAAAUUUGGGGCAGUGUCGACUUGAAUACAACAUUCAGCGACUUGUCCGGCUCCGGACUGGUCUGCAUUAUUGAUGGCCGCGAAUUCACAGCUUCUGUGGAGCGUGCCGUGGCAGACAACCAUAGCACCGAUGACGUCGCUCUGGACCACAUCGUGGCCGUUGCAAACAAAAACCCGGAAAUCUGCAUGGCCAUCGAUGGCUGCGGCACCAUGUCGGCAUGGGCACUUGAGAAUCUCGGCAUGGGCAGCAACGAGAGCCCAAGGGUAUUUUCCAUUGCUCAGGUCAAGUCGAAACAAUUUGAGGACAUGCGCGGAUUCCUCAGGCUGCAUGGCUCUACUCACGUUCAGGCACAGAGUUAUUGCGACAGGGCAAACGGAAAACUGCGCAUACUCCUCCAUGCUUUUGACGGCAGAAUCGGGAUAUACGAGAGCAACGUUGCCGACCUUUUCGACCCGGCCAUCAACAACAGGCGCCUGUCUCUGCUAGCUGUCUGGUCUGGUCACUCGGCCCCCAUCGAAAAGAUGAGUGUCGUUCCUGGAACACGUCACAUCCACCGCAUCUGCGUUCUCCGCAACGGAAACUUUGUCGUCUUUCUCUGCGAGGAUGCAGUGUCGCUCUGGGACUGUCGCUAUAGGACCGCAUCCCUCCUAGCGCAGUGCCCGUUGCAGAUCGCAGGCACGCCUCUCUGUCUCAUUAAACUGCCUCGGCCCGAGGCGAGGAACACCAGAACUGCGCACAUUGCCACCAUUACUUCGGAUCGUCUGGGUCUUGUUUGGAAGGUUGAUCUGCCAGACUCCCUGGAAAACUCGGGGUGCGUGGAAGGCGCAGCCAUUCGCGAAUUCUGUCGAUUUGAGCUGGGAAUAGCAGAGGACUUCAAGUAUGUUCUCCCUGUUGAUCCGGCAGGCUCUUCCCCUGUCAUGUCCGGCUUUCUAGAUAUUUUUGCCCGAGACGUGGCGAUAUCCUACACCCGCACUGGCCGAGUGGACUUUUGGGCGGUUCGAGUUGACCCCUUGCGCCGAGGCAUCGAUUGGUUAUCGACAUGCUACACGGAAACCGGAAUCUCUGAUCCAGCGCUGGCGAGUGGCAGCAUGCUGAAAAAGGCGGCACUUGUGAACUCUGCCAGAUCGCAAAUCACCAUUUGGGACAUUGGGGGCUCCCGCCUCGAGUUUGAGGAAGACUACGGACCGGCAGAUUCAAUCCGGGAUCUUGACUGGACUUCGACACCAGACGGCCAGUCCAUCCUCGCUGUUGGCUUCCAAUAUCGCGUCGUGCUAUUGUCCCAGAUGCGAUUUGACUACCUCAACAAAGGCCCAGCUUGGGCACCGAUCCGGGAAAUAGGGAUUCGCGAGCUCACUCCCCAUCCCAUAGGGGACUCUACGUGGCUCGGCGAUGGCCACCUGGUCGUUGGCGCCGGAAACCAGUUGCUCGUCUAUGACCGGCGCGCGGGCAGUGGCGAAUCCCUAAUGGCGGACAUUCGCCUGACUAACCGUAAGGAUGGAAUGUGGGAUUUAUUCGAAGCAGUCCAAAAAUUCAAUGGCCCCAUACCAGUAUUCCACCCGCAGUUCCUCAGUCAGUGCAUAUUGGCUGGGAAGAGCUCGCUCGUGCGACUCGUCCUUGCUGCGUUGCACAAGACGCUCAAGUAUCUCAUCCCGGGCGAGCCAGUAGACGACUAUCUAGGGCUGAACCUGGAAGAUUUCUACAUGGCUUUCGCUACACAAGACCAAGUUCUGGAAAAGGCAGCCGGUUCUUUCCUGAGGGACGAACAAGACGACGAGGAGCAUGACGAAGUUUUCUCGGAGCAAAUAGCAGUGUCUAUCAACGAAAAAUUGAUGAGAAUCGGCAUCCCUCAGCUCUCAGGUCACGAGCAGAUCCAACUUGCGGACAUGGUCGAGUGCGUGGCAGUGGUGGAAAUGCAUCGACGCUCUAUGGACGAGAACGGGGCCCGAUUCAUGCUCUUCUGCCGCCAGAAUGCUCUGCGCAAAGGUCGGACCAGCGAGAUGCACUUGUCUUGGAGAGAAAUCAACUGGGCCUAUCAUUCAGGCAGCCAGGAUUUGCUCGUGGACUUUGUCUCCCGGCAAGCUCACGGCGAAAUGUUGUGGGAGCAUGCACGAGAGAGUGGCAUCUUCAUGUGGCUCUCGGAUAUAAAUGCGGUGAAAAGCCAAUUCGAGGCGAUUGCCAAGAACCUGUACACCAACGGCGAUGUCAAAAACCCCGUGAACUGCAGCCUAUUUUACGUGGCCCUCCGGAAGAAGACGGUGCUGCAGGGACUGUGGCGGACAGCCAGUGGGAACAAGGAGCAAACGGCCACUCAGCGACUGCUGGCAAACGACUUUGAAGAUCCGAAAUGGAAGAGAGCCGCUCUGAAGAACGCCUAUGCGUUGCUAAGCAAAAGACGUUUUGAGUACGCGGCCGCCUUCUUUCUCCUGGCCGGCCAUCUAGAGGACGCGGUCGAGGUCUGCCUACGACAACUUCACGACAUGCAGCUGGCCAUCGCCGUUGCCCGAGUGUAUGAGGGAGACGGCGGGCCAGUCCUCCAAAAGAUCCUCCGCGACGAGGUGCUCCCUUUGGCAGCCCAGGAGGGCAACCGUUGGCUAGCAUCCUGGGCCUUUUGGACGCUCGGCCGUAAGGACAUGGCAGUCAGAGCCCUUGUUAUGCCGGUUUACGCACUUCUCGAGACGCCUUGUUCGCCGGACAUCAAGUCGCGCCUGUUCCUGACUGAUGAUCCUGCGCUCGUCGUUCUCUACUCGCAGCUGAGACAGCGGACCCUGCAAACGUUGAGGGGGGCUUCCAAGGUGACGCCCAAGGUGGAGUGGGAGUUUGUGCUGCAUAGUGCCAAGCUGUACGAUCGUAUGGGUUGCGAUCUCCUUGGCCUAGAUCUAGUGCGCAACUGGGAGUUCCAACAGCCGGCAGUGGCUGGGUUUGGCGGAGAGGUGAAUCCGCUCAAGCUGCUGCGGAGGAGGAGCUCGUUGGUGGUUGAUGAUUUGCCAUCAAUGCACCGGGGCCUCGAGAUGCAGACACCCAAAGACGGCACAAAGACAUCGGCGUCCCUGGCUGCGGCGGAGCCUGGGUUCCAUGAACCCGAUGCAACGGCAUUGCUCGACAGUUUUGGCUUAUGA